GCAGUCCAACGAGAUCGGAUCGCAAAGAUUGAUAGAGAGAGAUGUUCACUUCAUAAGCGGUCAGGAACUCUCAGACAAUUUCACGGCUUGUCUCGGCAUCGCAGAAGUUGACGUGAACACAUGAAGGAUUGGACGGAUGUAAAAGUCAGUCUUUUUUGUUUUGAUGCAACUCGUUUUCUUUCGACAGAGUGGAUUUUCCCGAUCCGAUUCUCCGCCUUUUUUCCGACCAAGCGAGGAUGAAGAACCGGAAAGGGAGCCCAAGCCUACUGAAAGCUCAGGAUGAUGGAGCGCUUGAUUCGGGAAGUGGACUAAAAUAAAAGAUGCUUUCGUUUCGUUCUACAUGCGGCCUGGCAGACGACUGGUAAAAAGAAAGGGACCGGAUUCCAGCGCAAGCAUCCCUCCCAGCUUCCCGGCCGAGUAAAAUGCGACGUUCCGAGUGAUCGAGCCGCGAGGGGUCUCGACCGCACGCCGGGACUCCAUGGCCGGCCGGUUUGCGCCCAUCCCGCAGCCGGACGUGGCGGGAGUAUGAGCGUGGGAAGGAUCAACCGCUACAGCAUCGUGUCCUCGGAGGAGGAGGGCCUCCGUCUCACGACCAUGCACGGCAUGAACGGUUUUGGCAACGGCAAGAUCCACACGCGCCGCAAGUGCCGCAGCCGCUUCGUCAAAAAGAACGGCCAGUGCAAUGUGCAGUUUGCCAACAUGGACGACAAGUCGCAGCGCUACCUGGCGGACAUCUUCACCACCUGCGUGGACAUUCGCUGGCGGUGGAUGCUGGUGGUCUUCACUCUGGUCUUCGUCUUAUCUUGGCUGGCUUUCGGCUUGGCCUUCUGGGUUAUCGCUUUGCUGCACGGGGAUCUGGAUAACCCGGCCGGAGACGACAACUUCACCCCGUGCGUCCUGCAAGUCAACGGAUUCGUGGCCGCCUUCCUCUUCUCCAUCGAAACGCAGUCCACUAUCGGCUACGGCUACCGCUGCGUCACCGAGGAAUGCCCGGUGGCCGUCUUCAUGGUGGUGUUCCAGUCCAUAGUGGGUUGCAUCAUCGACUGCUUCAUGAUCGGCGCCAUCAUGGCCAAGAUGGCCAGGCCCAAGAAGCGAGCGCAGACGCUCUUGUUCAGCCACAACGCCGUCAUUGCCAUGCGGGAUGGAAAACUGUGUCUCAUGUGGCGGGUGGGGAACCUCCGCAAGAGCCACAUUGUGGAGGCCCACGUCAGGGCGCAGCUCAUCAAGCCUCGCAUCACCGACGAAGGAGAGUACAUCCCCCUGGACCAGAUCGACAUCGACGUGGGCUUCGACAAAGGCCUGGACAGGAUCUUCUUGGUUUCGCCCAUCACCAUCCUCCACGAGAUCGACGAGACCAGCCCCCUUUUUGGGAUCAGCAAACAAGACCUGGAGACGUCUGACUUUGAGGUUGUGGUGAUCUUGGAGGGCAUGGUGGAAGCCACGGCCAUGACCGCUCAGGCGCGCAGUUCCUACGUAGCCUCCGAGAUCCUUUGGGGACACAGGUUUGAGCCCGUCUUGUUUGAAGAGAAGAACCUCUACAAGGUGGAUUACGCUCACUUCCACAAAACCUACGAGGUGCCGUCCACCCCCCGAUGCAGUGCCAAGGAAAUGCUGGAGAACAAAUUUCUCGUUCCCACUUCCAACUCCUUCUGCUAUGAAAACGAGCUGGCUUUUCUCAACCGGGAAGAGGAGGAAGAGGAGGAGGAGGAGGAUCUCGGCGGCGGCAAUAUGGCCCUGGCAAACCUCAGUCCGGACCGGAACAGCCGGCACGAGUUUGAACGCUUACAAGCCACCAGGACUCUGGAUCAAAGGUCUUAUCGGAGAGAAUCGGAAAUAUGACGGAUGCAGAACGAUGCAACGUGCCAUAGGAAACUCUUGAGAGAGAAGAAUGGACGUAUUAUAAAAAGUAAGCAGCUUAAGAAAUGGCGGCGAGGAAUGAGCACAAUCAAGGAAACGUCUUCUUCCUUUGUGGAAACUUGAAUUUUUUUUUUUUUCACGCGGUCACUUUGAGUGUGGAAACAAAACUAAUGAGCUAUAUAACCAAUUGUUGAAUUGAAGGUGUAAAUACAUUUCUUAGUUAAGGUCUAGUCUGUGUGCUGUCUCAAAGUUAGGAAAGUAGAAUGCAUUCCAUCAACUUUUUUUCUUCUAUUCGUAUUGCUUGCAUCAUUUGCUAGAUAUAUCAAAUUGAAGA